UCCUCGCCAUCUCCAGCAAAGCGUUUGAAAACCGUAUCUGUUCAAGUGGAUCCUGUUGAAUUCCAUUGUGGAUUAAUUGAAAUGGCGACUAUCAAUUCGAUUUCUUUCAAUUUCUUCAACUCGCAUGCUUGUCGCGCUACAAUUGGACCACUAGCUAAGAGCUUAAACAUUCCCGUCUAUGGUGAAGCAAUCGCUUCAAGUAUCCCUGCUAUCGCCAAUAUCAUCAGAGGCAUGAUUGCGAAUGAGUUGAAGAUUUUUUUUUGUUUGGAAAUAGAUGGAGCUGUGCGGCACAACCGAAAGAUUUUCGGGAUUAACGCUCGAAUACUUCAUGGUGGAAAAGUCUCCACUCGCACAUUAUCGAUGAUGGAGAUAACCGAUAAGCAAACUGCUCAGAACCUGAAAAACACCAUUGAAGAAGUAUUGAAAUCAUACAGCACUGAUGUCACGCAUGUUUAUGCUUGCACAGCUGAUAACGGAAAAAAUGUACAAAAGUGUGGGCAAGAAUUGAAUAAAUCGCAACAAGUGGCACUCAAUUCCAUUGAGCACGAACAAGCCAGUGAUGAUGAAAACGAUGAUGAAGAAGACGAUAAUGAAUGUCACACUGGUGAAAUUGACGAAAUGUUGGAGGCCGUUGAGAACAUUGUUCUUAGCGGUAACGAAUCCUGUAUUGCUACACUAAAAUGCGCAGCCCAUACUAUUAAUCUGGUUGUAAAUGAUGCUGUGGAUAAGGAAUGCGACAUUCUUAAAAAAGUCCGAAAAAUUGUUAAAGCGUGCCGGAAAGUUGGAUACAAGCCAUUUUUCGAAAUUGAGAAGGUUCCGCUGCCCAAAAUAGAUGUGGAAACGAGAUGGGGCUCUCUAUAUGAAAUGAUCAACUCGUUACAUAGCAGAAAAGCAUUUUUCGAGGAUAUUGGUCCAAAGUUUGAAGAAUUGCACGUAACAGCGGAUGACUGGACCUACAUUGAAGAGUUCACCGCAGCAUUCGAACCGCUGUUUGUUCUAACAAAAGCUCUGCAAGCGAAUGAUUUGAUUCUAGGAGACGUUUUCAAGCUCCUAAAGAUAUGUCAACUAAAGCUCAGUAAGAUCCCUGCUGCCAAUAGAUUUUCAGAAAGUCUUAAACAAGCACUACAGGGUAGAGCUAUACGUAUGAUGGAUAAUGAUGCCUUCCGUGCGGCUUUGCUAUUCGACCAACGCUGGUGCUUUAUCGACUCGCCAUAUGUUUCAAUGGAUGAAAGGCUGAAGGUGAUCGAACACAUGCUGAAAGUUGCCAACAUAUUGAAGACUUUCAAAAAGAAAUCUUCAAUUCAACAGCAAUCAGAACUGCCAGAAUGUCUCGCUGCUACCAAGUCAAGCGAUGACGAUUUUGAAACCAUGCUUGAAGAAGAAUGUCAGCGUGCGUCAACAUCCAAGCUUAAUCCUUCUGAGAUCGAUUUAAAAGUAAAACUUCUUGAUCUGAUAUAUUAA